AUGGCCGAGACCACCAAGCUCCAGCUGUUUGUCAAGGCGAGCGAGGACGGGGAGAGCGUGGGGCACUGCCCCUCCUGCCAGCGGCUCUUCAUGGUCCUGCUCCUCAAGGGCGUGCCCUUCACACUCACCACGGUGGACACGCGCAGGUCCCCGGACGUGCUGAAGGACUUUGCCCCCGGCUCACAGCUGCCCAUCUUGCUGUGUGAUGGUGACGCCAAGACGGACACGCUGCAGAUUGAAGAAUUUCUGGAGGAGACCCUGGGGCCACCCGACUUCCCCAGCCUGGCGCCGCGUUACAGGGAGUCCAACACAGCGGGUAACGACAUCUUCCAUAAGUUCUCCGCGUUCAUCAAGAACCCGGUGCCCGCGCAGGACGAUGCCCUGUACCAGCAGCUGCUGCGCGCCCUCGCCAGGCUAGACAGCUACUUGCUCGCGCCCCUGGAGCACGAACUGGAGGGGGAGCCCCAGCUGCGCCAGUCGCGCCGCCGCUUCCUAGAUGGCAACCAGCUCUCACUGGCCGACUGCCGCCUGCUGCCCAAAUUGCACAUAGUCGACACGGUGUGCGCACACUUUCGCCAGGCGCCUAUCCCCGCCGAGCUGCGCGGUGUCCGCCGCUACCUGGACUGCGCGCUGCGGGAGAAGGAGUUCAAGUACACGUGUCCGCACAGCUCGGAGAUCCUGGUGGCCUACCGGCCCGCCGUGCGCCCUCGCCCUGCCCCUGCGUCUGCGACCCCAUAAAGGUUUCUCUGUCCUGA